AGAGAGAGGAGGCAGCAAGUUUCAAGGAGUCAGGAACGCAGAGAGAAAGCAGCAACUUUUAACAUUAGCCAUGGUCUGGUGAGGAGAGUCUACGCUGACUAGAGAGAGAUGGCUGUAAAUCAUCAGAAUGUGGAGGACCUGUACGAGUUCGGGGAAACACUUGGCAGUGGUCACUUUGGGACUGUAAGGAUGUGCUUUACCAAGAACUCACGAGCCCCAUUCGCUGCCAAGUUUAUCAAACUGAGGAAGUCAAAGACCAGCCGGUGGGGGCUGGAUCGUGAGCAGAUUGACCAAGAGGUGAAAAUCCUGUCGGAGGUGCAACACCCCAAUGUCAUUGAGCUGCACGAUGUGUUCGAGGGCAAGACGGAUAUGGUCCUGAUCAUGGAGCUGGUUUCAGGCGGAGAGCUGUUUGACUACGUGGCCGAGAAGGAGAGUCUGAGUGAAGAGCAGGCCAUGGAGUUUAUCCAGCAGAUCCUGCAGGCACUGGGCUACCUACACAGCAAGAGCAUCGCUCACCUGGACCUGAAGCCUUUGGCCCGGGGUUUGAGUCUAUCACCGUCGGCUGACCUGACGCUGAGCCUCACCCAGGCGGCCCACGGCCCCGGCUGGAGUAUUGAGGAACAUUCCGGACCCCAGGCCUCGGAGGUGGGAAGCUGCCGAGGCCUCAGAAAGGGUUCGGAGGAGGAUUCCCAGGAUGGGACCAGGGAUGAGGGUCUUCAGUUAUGA